UGAGUAAACAAACCAGACGUGCAUUUUUAAUGAGCCAUCUAGGGGUUACCUGGUGAACUGACCCAGCUCCACUAUCUUAAUAUCUUUGUUUAUGGGACAGCCCUUGGUUAUUUUUGACUAAAUCCUGUUAAAUUUAUUAUAAAUAGAUGAAAUUGUGUUUUUUAAUCAUGUCAAAAAAACAGCCCAGAACGUAUAGAUGAUCUCUUUUGAUUGAGAUUGUCUUUUUAAAGCUUAAUCCAAGCAACAGUACAGAAAAAGUAGAAAAUGAACUAUAUAUAUAUAUAUAUAUAUAUAUAUAUAUACAUAUACAUAUGUGGGUGUGUGUGUGUGUGUGUGAUAAAACAUUCAUGAAAUUGAAAAGAAAUGACUUUCAUGGGUUUGAUUUCUUUUUUUUUUUUUUACAUAUUUCUUGCAGGAAUGCAUGUCUGAGGAUGUGAACAGUUCCACCUCAGAACCAGACAUGUUCUCGGAUUACUCAGAUAUUUCCAGCAUGGAUUACAGCGGUAUUCCUACAGUCUGUGGAAGAGAAAAAGUUACGAAUUUUCGCAGAUGGUUCAUGCCAACUUUCUUCUCUAUCAUCUGCCUGUUGGGUGUGGCAGGAAACCUGCUGGUCAUCCUCACAGUCUUUCAUUUCAAACGGCUCAAGACCAUGACGGACGUGUACUUGCUCAACCUGUCCUUUGCCGACCUGCUCUUCGCUCUGUCCCUCCCCUUCUGGGCGGCCAACUCCAUGGCAGAGUGGGUCCUGGGCCAGUUGGUGUGCAAAUCCAUGCACACCAUUUACAAGGUCAGCUUCUACAGCAGCAUGUUGUUUCUCUGCCUCAUCAGCAUUGAUCGAUAUUUCGCCAUCGCCAAAGCCAUUUCGUCUCACCGGCACCGCACAGAAGCAGCCUUUUAUAGCAAAGUUUCAUCAACUGUUGUCUGGGUGAUGGCACUGAUCUUUUCCAUCCCAGAAAUGGCUUACGCAAACUUCAGCAACAACACCUGCAGCCUUUCUAACCAAAAUAACACCCAGUUGAAAGUUGGCAUCCAAGCCAGUCAGAUUGCUUUGGCCUUCAUCCUUCCUCUCCUGGUUAUGGGCUUCUGUUAUGCGAGCAUCAUUAAGACUCUUUGCCAAGCUCGAAACUUUGAAAGGAACAAGGCCAUCAAGGUCAUUCUGGCUGUGGUGACUGUUUUUCUCAUCUCCCAGGUUCCUUACAACAUCGUCCUGUUCUUGUCCACCACGGUUACAGCAAGUGGAGGAACUGAAGAUUGCAACUAUGAUAUCACACUUAUGUUGGCUACAGAUGCCACGCAGGGUCUGGCCUUCUUCAGGUGUUGUCUGAACCCUUUCGUCUAUGCUUUCAUCGGUGUAAAGUUUCGCCUUGACCUCCUCAAGCUUCUGAAGGAGUUUGGCUGUAUGAGUCAGGAGAAGUUCUACAGGUAUACAUAUGCCAGAAGGAAGAGCUCUGGAGCCAAUGACACAGAGACAACCACCACAUUCUCGCCAUGAAACUUCUUUCAAUCACGCAACUGAAUUUGUAGAAGUUACAGAUUAAAAAAAAAAAAAAACAUAUUUGACAUGUACAUAGCAGAAGUUAUAUGAAUGCAUUUUAUGUUAGUUUUGUUGUUUGCUCUUAGCUUUGGUUACUUCAAUUGUAUGCUAUAGUGUACAAAGCCUCUCAGAUUUGUCAUUGUAAAAAAAUAUGUGUAGUAUUGCAUGUAAAGUGUGUGCAAGAAAUGGAUUAAACCAAAAGCAGACAAACUUACAUUUCUUUGGUUUGGUGAUUUUACUAUGAUGCAAAUUUAAAAAGCAGUUCAGAAGAAGUGAACUCAAAAUACCUUCAAACUUAAUAAGAAGUUCUUUAUUUGUCCAACAUUCUGGAUAUUGCAUUGCAGAGAGGGGGGGAGUACACUGCUCAAAAGAAUAAAGGGAAGGCAUAAACAACUUGAUGUUACUCCAAGUAAAUCGUAUUUUUGUGCAAUCAAACGGACAAUCAAUUUCACGUUUUUGUGCAAGUGGAAUAGGCAACAAGUGGAAAUAAUAGACUAUCAGCAAGACGCCUUCAAUAAAGGAGUGGUGCUGCAAGUUGUGACCACAGACAACUUCUCUGUUCUUAAGUUUUCUGACUGAUGUUUGGGUGACUUUUGAAUUCCGACAGUGUUGUCACUCAAAUGGCACUAUAAGAUGGCAUCUAUAACCCACACAAGUGGUCCAGAUAGUGCGACUCAUCCAGGAUGGCACAUCAAUGCAAGCUGUGGCAAGAAGGUUGGCUGUGUCUGUCAGUGUAGUGUCCGGAACAUGGAGGUGCUUCCAGAAGACAAGUCAGAACAUCAGGAGAUGUAGACAAGGUUGUAGGAGGGCGACAACCCCGCAUCAGGAUAACUACCUCAUUCCUUGUGCAAGAAGGAGGUUGUGCAAAAUUACCUCCAGCAGGCCACAAAUGUGCAGGUGUCUGUUUAAAUUGUUAAAAACAGACUCCAUGAGGGUUGUAUGAGGGCCAAGAAUCCAAAGGUGGGAGUUGUGCUAACAGCCCAACAUUAUGCAAAACGUUUAGCAUUUGCUAGAGAACACCAAAAUUGGCAAAUUCGCCACUCGCACUCU